AUGUUUUCUAAACGGAUGUUAACUACGGCACUUGCCGUGCAGGCAUGUGCUGCGGCUGUUUUGAAUGAUCGAAGUGAUGAGGCCCAAUGUACAAAGACAACGGUCGCUAUUCUUGGAGGUGGAAUGGCUGGUGUUGCUGCCGCGCAAGCUCUCUCAAAUUCUUCUAUUCAUGACUUCGUCAUCAUAGAGUACCAAGAUCAACUUGGAGGACGAGUCCACCAUACAACCUUUGGGAAGGACAAAAACGGCGACCCAUACACCGUUGAGCUGGGAGCUAACUGGGUACAAGGAUUGGGGUCACCCGGAGGUCCAGAGAAUCCUAUUUGGACGUUUGCAAAGAAGUGGGACUUGAACAACACAUACUCGAAUUACAGCUCCAUCCUGACUUACAAUGAAACUGGGUAUACGGAUUACUCUGAUGUUCUAGACGAAUAUGAGAACAAGUUUGAUGCCACCUCAGAACUUGCCGGUACUGUUCUUCGAGAGAAUUACCAGGACAUGACAGUUCGGUCUGGUCUCUCCGUGACGGGCUGGAAGCCCAAGCGAGAUGACAUGACGGCUCAAGCUGUCGAGUGGUGGGAAUGGGAUUGGGAAGAUGCCUACUCUCCAGAACAGAGUUCGCUCGUCUUCGGCGUCGCUGGCGGUAACCUUACCUUCAACCAGUAUAGCGACGAAAACAACUAUGUCUGGGACCAGCGCGGCUUCAGCCGCAUAAUCACAGGCGAAGCAUCUACCUUCUUAAAGAAGAACGACCCCCGUCUACACCUAAACUCCCGCAUAACCAAAAUAAAAUACUCCGACGACGGCGUAACAAUUUACAAAGACGACGGUAGCUGCGUCUCAGCUGCCUACGCAGUCUGCACAUUCUCCCUAGGAGUCCUACAAAGCGACACCGUCUCAUUCACCCCUGACCUCCCAGAUUGGAAAAAGACUUCAAUUGCCAAAUUCAACAUGGGAACAUACACUAAGAUCUUCCUCCAAUUCAACGAGACAUUCUGGCCCAAAGACACACAGUACUUCCUCUACGCCUCACCAACAACCCGAGGCUACUACCCUGUCUGGCAAUCACUUUCCACGCCAGGAUUCAUACCCGACUCAAACAUUAUCUUCGUAACAGUCGUCAGUGACCAGGCCUAUCGCGCAGAGAGACAGACAGACGAACAAACAAAAGAAGAAGUACUACAGGUUCUGCGCGAGAUGUAUCCCAACAUUACCAUUCCUGAACCAACAGCUUUCAUGUAUCCUCGCUGGAGCACGACACCAUGGGCGUAUGGAAGCUACUCAAACUGGCCUGCAUCUACAUCGUUAGAGAUGCAUGAGAACUUCCGCGCGAAUGUUGACCGGCUCUGGUUCGCGGGUGAAGCUACAAGCGCACAGUAUUUUGGUUUUCUGCACGGUGCCUGGUUCGAGGGUCGAAAUGCUGGAGAACAAAUCGCUGCUUUGUUAAAGGAUGAGUGUGCUAAUGUUACCGAUACGAGUGAUGCCUGUGGUAACCUUCGCCAUUAUGAAACGCUGUACGGAUCAUCACCUCUUGCAGAUUAUAGCGUGUUUGACGGAUGGUCCGUUAGCAGCUUUUACUCGAGCAGUUGA